AUGCAACCUUGUUCAUUCUCCAAGAUCGACAAUGUCUCAGAUGUUCGCAAGGUGUUGGAUUUCUAUCGAUUGGCCCUUUUCGGAAAAGAUGAGAUUGACAAAAACAAACUCAACGCGAUCCUCACUUUUCAGACCAUCGGCACCAGCAUCACUUUUUAUUUCAUGACGCGAUACGCAGAAUUCUAUGCCAUGAUUGAGGUUGCCACGAUUGAAAUCCCUACCACAAAACGCAACAUUACUACAAUCAUAUCAUACUUGGAUGAACUUCUGGCGAUCACUUGCCUACACUCAACAGUCAAAAAAAAUCAUGAAGAUCUUAACCAGCCAUCGCCCAUUCUUCCAUUUAUAUACCUACAGGCAGAACGCAAGACGUUGGAAAGGAAAAGAAAGCCAUCUAUUGGUGCGAUUGCUUCUUCGUCGAAACGAUGUUGA